AUGUCCAUGCAUGAUUCCCACAUCAUGCAGGACAGCGUUCUUGACUAUAAUGAUUGUCCACCCCACUCUACCCUUAAUGAUUUCGCCAUGUACCCUCUCUAUUAUGAUGCUUUGUAUUAUCCCCUGUUUCAUCCUGAUGUGUAUGCAUCUGCUCCUGGGUUUAGCUCAUGGUUACAGCAAUCUUUGUCAUCUCACUGUUCCGCGCCUGUGCGAUGUGGUCACCUCAAUCCUACAGCUGUCACGGUUGUAUUUGAUGGUGUCUCAUUGGCCAUUGGAGUGGAUGUCUUUCGCUAUUUUGCACCUUCCAUUGCUGAUUUAUUGCCCACAGCUGCUUUCUCUGUGUCAUUGAGACAACACAAUGAUCCUCCGUGGGUUCAAUAUGACGAUGGGUACCGAUGCCUUGUCCAUGCAUUUAUCUGA